UAUCUAGUGGACUACACGACACCGGAAGCUGUUUCAACAACACGGAUGCUGACUCAUUCAACCACCUCCGUAGCCUGGUAGCCAACAUACAACCGAAAACAAGCUCUUUGGACCAUUAUUGAUCUCGGUGUUUUUAACACAAUCCUCUUUACGUAUCUACUAUUUAACUUAAGCGUAACUUGUUUUUGCUCAUUUUACACAUUUGUUGAUUAUACUGAACCUAAGCUAAUCGUCAAUGCUAGCUAGCCCACCAUGAGCUCUCCAAGCUACUCUCCUCCUGCUAAAGAAGAGGUCUGCUGGACGGAGAAAGAGGGCCUGUGGCUGAACGUUGUCGUGAAAGAAGAGGGGGAAGAGGAGGAUGUUUCCGUAAAAGGAGAGGAAGAUGCUUUCAGAAUGAAAGAGGAGGAAGAGGAGGCUAUCAGUAUCACGUUUAAAGAAGAGGAAGAACCUUUUGGAGUGGAAGAGGAGGCUAUCUCAAUAAAAGAGGAGGAGGAAGACGUUUGGAGAGACGAAGAGGAAGAGGAGACUGAAGAUCUGAUUAACACCAGAGAGAGACGGGACUAUCGUGGAAUCUCUGCGGAGCCUCAACAACCUCAUGAUGCUGACAAGGCAGAGAAGAGUCUCUCCAGAUCAGAACUCCUCAAGAAACACCAGCAGAGACCCACAGGGAAGAAAUCUCACUGCUGCUCUGACUGUGGGAAAUGUUGCAAAUCUUCAUCAGAACUUAAAAUACACCAGAGAACACACACAGGAGAGAAACCUUUUAGCUGUGAUCAAUGUGGGAAGAGUUUUGCUAAAUCUAGCCAUCUGACUGCACACCAGAGAACACACACAGGAGAGAAACCUUAUACCUGUGAUCAAUGUGGGAAGAGUUUUGCUAAAUCUAGCCAUCUGACUGCACACCAGAGAACACACACAGGAGAGAAACCAUAUAGCUGUGAUCAAUGUGGGAAGAGUUUUGCUAAAUCUAGCAAUCUAACUAACCACCAUAGAACACACACAGGAGAUAAUCCGUGCUGUGAUCAAUGUGGGAAGAGUUUUUGUACUCCUAGGUAUCUAACUAUACACCAUAGAAUACACACCGGAGAGAAACCUUUUAGCUGUGAUCAUUGUGGGAAGAGUUUUUCUUCUUCUCGCUAUCUAACUAUGCACCAUAGAACACACACAGGAGAGAAACCAUAUACAGCCUUUUGUCGGCCUGGACCGACAAAAGCACCUGCGGAUGGGCCCAAACGGCGGAAGAUGCUACCUAUCUCAGAUAAAGUUAAACUUCUGGACAUGCUAAGGGAAGGUAAAAGCUAUGCAGCCGUUGCUCGCCAUUACGGAAUCAAUGAAUCUUCCGUUCGUUACAUAAAAAAGGAGGAAAAAAACAUAAGGACGACAGCAGCAGUCAAUUUUAAUACGAAUGCAAAAAGGGUUGUAACUGUCCGCAACAAGACCAUGGUACGGAUGGAGACGGCAUUAGCUCUGUGGAUUAAUGACUGCAGGAAAAAAAACAUAACCCUGGAUACAAACGUUAUCUGCACAAAAGCGAGAAUGCUGUAUGAAAACUUUGCUGUCAGUGACGGGGAAGAGGGAGAGGAUGCCGGGCCCUCAGCAAGUGCUGCUGACACAGUGGGAGAGGAUGCCAGGCCCUCAGCAAGUGCUGCUGACACAGUGGGAGAGGAUGCCGGGCCCUCAGCAAGUGCUGCUGACACAGUGGGAGAGGAUGCCAGGCCCUCAGCAAGUGCUGCUGACACAGUGGGAGAGGAUGCCGGGCCCUCAGCAAGUGCUGCUGACACAGUGGGAGAGGAUGCCAGGCCCCCAGCAAGUGCUGCUGACAAAGUGCCAAGCGCAUUUAAUGCAAGCAAGGGCUGGUUUGAAAAGUUUAAGAAACGCUUUGGACUUAAAAAUGUUUGUCUGCACGGUGAGAUGGCGUCUGCGGAUACCGCUGAGGCAGAAGCCUUCGUGAACAAUAAAUUCAAGGCGAUCAUUGAGGAGGGGGGAUAUAAGCCCGAACAAGUUUUUAACAUGGAUGAGACUGCCUUAUUUUGGAAACGAAUGCCCUCCCGCACCUUCAUCAUGCAGGAAGAAGCCAAAGCCCCAGGAUUUAAAGUUCACAAAGACCGUUUGACCCUGGCUAUGUGCGGAAAUGCCGCAGGUUUCAUGAUUAAACCGGGGCUGAUUUACAGGUCUAAAAAUCCCAGGGCGCUGAAAAACAAAAAUAAGGAUGAUUUGCCUGUUUACUGGAUGUAUAAUGCAAAGGCUUGGAUGACAAAAGCGCUCAAUCUGGAUUGGUUCAAAAACUGUUUCAUCCCGGAGGUCAAGUGUUAUUUGAGAGGAAAGGGACUGAACUUUAAAGUGCUUCUGCUCCUUGACAACGCCGGAGGUCACGGUAAUGAUUUGGCAUAUGAUGGUGUGCAAAUAGAAUUUCUGCCGCCAAACACUACAUCCCUGAUUCAGCCCAUGGACCAAGGAGUCAUCCGUGCUUUCAAGGCUCUCUAUACGCGCAACACCCUGCAACAUCUUGUUGACGCUAUGGACUCGGAUCAAGAUUUCUCACUGAAGGACUACUGGCGUGGAUACACCAUCGCAUCGUGUCUCCAAAACAUUCAGAGGGCCAUUCAGGAAAUGAAAACGGAAACUCUGAAGGCCUGCUGGAAAAAACUAUGGCCAGAGGCAGUGCAAAACGCAACCGGAGGCUCGCUUGACGAGGUCCACCACUCUGCCGUAGAAACAGCUGUGAAUCUGGCUAAACAGAUUGGAGGAGACGGCUUUAAUGACAUGAGUCCGGAUGACAUAAACGCCCUGAUUGAUGGAGACGCACAGCCGCUGACCGAUGCAGAGCUGGCAGAAAUGACAAAGCCACAAAGCGACGAUGAAAGAGAAGAGGGAGAAGAGGACACGAGAGAUGAGGAGGAAGGACUAACGCUUGGUCGCUUAGCAACCAUGGUGCGAAUGGCCACUGAACUUAAGCGAGUAGCUGAGGAAUGGGACCCUUUGAUGAGCCGUUCAUUACAGUUCUCCAACGUAAUCGAUGGUGGCAUGUCGGUGUACAAGGAUCUUUUUGCAAAGAAGAAAAAAGAGCGACAACAGCUGCCUAUCACUAUGUUCUUCUCCCGAACAAACACACCUGCACCGCGGGCUUCAGAAGAAGAGAACACUGCAGAGCGCAGUCAGGAUGCAGCGGCCCAGUCUGAAGAGCAGUGAAACGGCCUACACGUGAGUCACUGUAUUUGUAUACAUGUAAUAGUUGCUAAUUGUAAAAAAAAAAAAAGUUUUCUAUUUCGCGGAUUUCACUUAUCGCGGGUCAUUUUCGGAACGUAACCCCCGCGAUAAACGAGGGAUUACUGUAGCUGUGAUCGAUGUGGGAAGAGUUUUACUCAGCCAAACAGCCUGAAUAUACACAAGCGGACACACACAGGGGAAGAGAUACUCUGAUAAAAGAUCUCUGAUUAAACAUAAAAUACAUCAAGGAGUUGUUUCAUGAUAUCAAUGAAAUAAUGUCACAAUGUAGAACGUUUUAACAUUGUAGUAGGAGUAUUUUAAUGAUGUCACAAUGUAGAAGCCUAAACAUUUGUCCCUGUUACACUUCCCACGUUGGUGACCCACUUGAAUCAAAAUGCAACACUUCAAAAUGUAGCAAACUGUUUUCUACAAAUUGUCCUCUAACCAGGGAUGUACACAUUACUCCCAGAUUCUGUGUGGUUUUUGAGCUGUUCGUUUUAACAGAACGUGCAACCUCAUCCCCCUUCUGUCACACAAUUGAUUUCAACAUGAUAUCGUUGAGUGAUGACAAAUAAGUGUUGUUCCUUUGUUUAGCGACCCCUAGAUUUAAAUGCAUCACUCCAAAAUGUAGCUGACUGUCUUCUGCGGGUUGUCCUCUAACCAGUGAGGUAAAAUAUAUCUCCCAUUUCCAUGUGUUUUUUUUAGUUGUGUUAGUUUCAACAGCACCUACAACCUGAUUUCCCUCCUAAUUGAUAUCAGUGAUUUAUUGCUACUUGUCAAAACAACAGCGUUUCUGGUGCUUGUGCAGUUUAUAAGGAGCUUGUUUAAAUAAAUAUAAGUAAUAUGAUUAUUGUGGCAGAUGUUUGUGUAUAUAGUACAUUUUACGUUUAUUUUUUCAAUUUAUCACAAACUGUUUCUGCAUUUGGACUAUUGAUUUGGACACGUUUAAACUGUGACAUUGGGGAUAUCCCACCUAGCAAAAUGUCGUUGAAAAUAAGACUAUG